ACCAGGUGGCUCAACUGUUUGCCACAGUGGAGGCGGAAAUAGGCUUCCUCACAUCUCGUGAGGCUGCGAGAAAGAUGCUUCCCAGAAACUGCGGCACGAUAAUUUUCACCGGCGCAACUGCAAGCGUUCGCGGUGCUGCAGGGUUUUCUGCCUUUGCUGGAGCUAAGCAUGCGCUAAGAGCUCUGGCUCAAUGCUUAGCUAAAGAAUUAGGUCCCCAGGGGGUACAUGUUUGCCAUGUGGUGAUUGAUGGGGCCGUUGACACACUGUGGAUUAGGGAGAAUUUUCAGGAGAUGGUUAAGGAGAAGGAGAAGGUGGAUGGGUUGGUGCAGCCUGAUGAUGUGGCGGAGCUGUAUUGGUCGUUGCAUAUGCAGAAGAGGAGUGGCUGGACGUUUGAGGUGGACCUCAGGCCUUGGACUGAGAAAUGGUAG